AUGUCGUUCACCAAGGGGAAAUUCCGCGAGAUUGUAUUCUGGUACAAGAUUCAUCAGCGGAUGUUUGACGCCCAGAUGAAUCCUGAUCGUAGUUGGAUGUAUAAUAGAAACAAUCCUGGUCGAGCGGGUAUGAUUCCAGAAUUUGCAGAAGGUGUCACUAGAUUUAUAAAUCAUACAAUGACACUUGAUGAUUUUUUAAAUUCAAGAUUGAUUAGGUGUCCAUUUGUUAAUUGUGAAAAUGUGAGAUAUCAUACAACAGAGACUGUUGCUAUGCAUCUUAUGAUGAAUGGAUUCAAACCAGGGUAUACAGUUUGGACUAGCCAUGGUGAGGUUGAAAGUUACACUAUGUUUAAUAACUUUGUUGUCGGUGAAAGUAGUAGAUCUACCGAGCAUAAUUAUUUCCAAGGUUCUAGAAUGUCAGAUAUGAUUAAUGAUGCUUUUGGGAUGCAUUCUGAUAUUGAACAAGGAGAAAAUGUAGAAGAAGCUCCUAAUGAAGAAGCAAACAUCUUUUAUGAACAAUUGCGUGAUUGUAGUAGUCAUUUGUUCAACGGGAGUCAACACUCUAAAUUGUCUAUUGCAGUUAGAUUGUUAAGUAUCAAAUCUGACAAUACUAUUUCUCAAGGAGCAAUGGACUCUAUGAUAGAACUUAUGAAGGAAUUAGUUGAUCCCAAUGUAGAGAUUCCUGAUUCUUAUUAUAAAGUAAAUGCAUUGGUGUCUAAGUUAGGACUCUCCUCGAUAAGAAUUGAUUGUUGUGAAAAAGGUUGCAUGUUAUACUAUAAGGAGGAUGUCAAUCUAGAGUCUUGUAAGUUUUGUAGUCACCCUCACUAUAAGAUUGGUUCUAACGGAAAGAAACUUGCUAUUAAGGCGAUGCAUUAUUUACCUCUUAUACCAAGAUUGAAAAGGUUGUAUGCAUCAAAUAGCUCUACUCCUCAUAUGAGAUGGCACCGUGAAAAUAGAAGGCCACCUAGUGUCAUGUGUCAUCCAUCUGACGGAGAGGCUUGGAAACAUUUUGAUAGAACUUAUCCAGAUUUUGCUGCUGAACCAAGGAAUGUUAGGUUGGAUUUGUGUGCGGAUGGUUUCACCCCUUUUUCAGUUGCGGCUACACCAUAUUCUUGUUGGCCUGUGUUUAUUACACCGUAUAAUCUUCCACCUGAGGUGUGUAUGACAAGUCCAUAUAUAUUUCUGAAUUGUGUCAUUCCCGGUCCGAGUAAUCCAAAAAGCAAGAUUGAUGUGUACUUACAACCUUUGAUUGAUGAGUUGAAAUUGUUGUGGUCUGAGGGGGUAGAAACAUGGGACAUUUCUCGUAAACAAAAUUUCAACAUGCGUGCUACUUUAAUGUGGACUAUUAUUGAUUUUCCUGCUUAUGGAAUGCUAUUUGGAUGGAUGACAGCUAAAAAGUUAGCAUGUCCUUACUGUGUGGAAAAUACUAAAUCAUUCACAUUAAAACAUGGCCGAAAGAAUUCAUGGUUUGAUUGUCAUUGUCGGUUCUUGUCACCUGAUCAUGAGUUUAGGAGAAAGAAAUAUGCAUUUAAAAAGAAUAAAACUGAACGAGAUGGUCCACCCCCAAUAUUAACGGGUGAUGAUAUUUGGGAAAGGGUUCAAAAUUUUCCAAAGGUAACUGAGGAACCACCGUACAAAUUUGAUGGGUAUGGUGUUGCACAUAAUUGGACUAAACAGAGUAUAUUCUGGGAGUUACCUUAUUGGAAGGAUAAUUUGCUUAGACAUAAUCUUGAUGUCAUGCAUAUUGAAAAGAAUUAUUUUGAUAAUCUGUUCAACACUGUAAUGGAUGUAACUGGCAAGACAAAAGAUAAUGUUAAGGCUAGACUUGACUUACCAGAACAUUGUAGACGACCGGAGUUGCAUUUACAGGAGUCUGCCAACAACAAGUUACUUAAGCCCAAGGCUAGUUAUUCAUUCACAAUGGAACAGAAGAGAAAAAUUUGUGAGUGGGUGGAAAGCUUGAAAAUGCCAGAUAAAUAUGCCUCAAAUUUGGGAAAGAGGGUUGACAUUGAGCGUGGAAUAUUACUUGGGAUGAAAAGUCACGGCUGUCAUGUUUUUAUGGAACAAUUACUUCCGAUUGCUUUUUGUGGAUUGCCUGAAAACAUAAGAAAAUCGAUGGCAGAAAUCAGUUUGUUCUUCAAAGACUUGUGUUCCAGCACAUUGAGAGUAGAGAAUCUGGUUCGGAUGGCCAAAAAUAUAGUUGUUAUUAGUAAUAAGUUGGAGAAGAUUCUUCCACCUGGGUUCUUUGAUGUGAUGGAACAUCUUCCUAUUCACCUUGUUCAUGAAGCUCUACUGGGAGGUCCAGUUCAAUAUAGGUGGAUGUAUCCUUUUGAGCGACCUAAUCGACAUGAUGUUACUGGGAAUGAUCCUGCAGUACAAUCAUUAUCAAUCUUCAACCAACCGGGUAAGGGUUCAAAAAAGCGUACAUUGCACAAACUUACCGAAAAGGAGAAAAAAUUUGCAGAGCUUCAUGUCUUGUUGAAUUGUCCAGAAGUCCAACCCUUCUUAGAAUAUUUUGUGAGCCAAUAUGGUCAUGAUCAAGUGUUACCAUCAUUUAUAACGUGGUAUACUAAUUGGGUCUACAAUUCAGAAAAUGCCGCCACAUUUGAUCAAUUUUUCAAGGAUAUUUCUUGGGGACCGAUUACAGUUCACACAAUGUCCCAAUAUAACGAGAUUGUAGAGUUGGAGUAUUCGGGUUGGCCAAUCAAAAAAAUAGUGCUUUUCCAAUGCAAGUGGUUUGAUCCAACUUCAAGAGGUACGAGGGAGCUUAAGCAACAUAAUAUCAUUGAAGUCAAGCACACUAGGAAGUAUGAGGCUUAUGAUCCUUUUAUUAUUGCACAAAAUGCUAAGCAAGUGUACUAUGGUCCUUAUCCGUUGUGUAGGGAUAAGUCUGAUUGGUGGGUUGUAAUCAAAACAAAACUGAUGGGGCGAGUGGAAGUUGAGAAUGAAUUGGAUGUUGCAUAUCAAAAUGAAAUAUCAAGUGUUCAUCAAGUAGUGGAUGCUGAGUUAGAAAUGAAUUUGGAGCAUCCUGAUCACAUUUUAGAAGAAGUUAAUAGAGAAGAGUUAGAUAUGCCAACAAAUAUGGAGGAGGAUGAGGAGGAAACUUUCGAAGAGAAUGAAUGGAUAGAUGAGGAGGAAACUUCCGAAGAUGAUGCAUGUGAAUGGAUAGAUGAUGAAGAAACUUACGAAGAGGAUGAAUAA